AUCGGCGGCGCGGGGCCGGGCGGCAGCGGGCAUGGCGGCGGCGGCGGCGGCGGCGGCGGGCAGGGUGCUGGUGUACGGGGGCAGGGGGGCGCUGGGCUCCCAGUGCGUGCGGUACUUCAAGUCCAGGAACUGGUGGGUGGCCAGCAUCGACCUGGCGGAGAACGAGGAGGCCAGCGCCAGCGUGGUGGUGGGGGCGACCGACUCCUUCCCCGAGCAGGCCGAGCAGGUGACAGCAGAGGUCGGAAAGCUACUUGGUGAAGAAAAGGUGGACGCAAUCUUGUGUGUAGCGGGAGGAUGGGCUGGAGGCAGCGCCAAAGCUAAAUCUUUAUACAAAAACUGUGAUCUGAUGUGGAAGCAGAGCGUUUGGACAUCCACUAUUUCCAGCCACCUAGCCACAAAGCAUCUGAAAGAAGGUGGCCUCUUGACUUUGACAGGAGCUCAAGCUGCUUUAUCUGGAACCCCAGGGAUGAUUGGCUAUGGCAUGGCCAAAGGAGCAGUGCAUCAGCUUUGUCAGAGUUUAGCUGGUGCCAAUAGCGGCUUGCCGUCUGGUUCUGCUGCUGUUGCCAUUUUACCGGUUACCUUAGAUACACCAGCAAACAGGAAAUCAAUGCCUGAUGCAGAUUUCAGCUCCUGGACGCCCUUGGAAUUCAUUGCUGAAACCUUUUUUGACUGGAUAAUGGGAAAGAAUCGACCAAACUCGGGGAGUCUAAUCCAGGUGAUAACUACAGGAGGGAAGAGUGAACUAGUUGCAGCACAUCUUUGAUGUCAGUCACUUAAGACGGUGGAACUUCAGCAAAGGAGAAGCUAUGGAAAAUCUGUCUGCCAGUAUAAUUUGGAUGGGCUUCUGUAUCCAGUGAUAGUAGUUACGUCAUUAAUGGAACCAGAUUUCAAGUAAUGUUUCUGUGCCAUCAGUUGUGAGCUGUCAGCAUUUGUUUACCAACAGGUAUCAAGUAUUUGUCUCUAAAUGGAAGUUGAAGGCUUCUAAGUCUGUAGAUGUCCUAAUUCUGAGCAUUGGAUGUCAAUUUACCUGUUUUCUCUGAAAUAGGAAUUGUGCUUAAUUAUGUCAUGUAAUCGCAUAUAUAAUGGUUGGAUUUUUUUCUCA